GACCUAGUCCUUCCGAGAUGUUCGGAAAUCAUUAUGAUUUAUUUUAGCAGACGAAUUUUUAGCCGGAAGUCACGUUACUUGCACGCAAACAAGAUGGCGGAAGAAGACCGAAGUCUAGAAACAUUGCUGAAUAGAGCUACAAAUCCAGCAAACAGAGAUGAAGACUGGGAACAUAUCUUGGCUUUCUGUGAUCAAGUCAACAAAGAGAUUGAAGGUUCUCAGAUUGCCGUUAAAUUAUUAGCACACAAACUACAGUCCCCUCAGGAGAGGGAAGCAUUAUACGCCUUAACUACAUUAGAAGGCUGUGUCAAGAAUUGUGGGAAGAAAUUUCAUCAAGAAAUUGGAAAAUUCAGAUUUUUAAAUGAAAUCAUUAAAGUGGUUUCACCAAAGUAUCUUGGGAAAGCAACAACUGAAAAAGUUAAAAGAAGAUGCGUAGAACUAAUAUAUAGCUGGAGUAGAGGACUACCUCAAGAAGCAAAAAUAUUAGAUGCUUAUAAAAUGUUGAAACAACAAGGAGUUGUCAAAGAAGACCCAACUUAUAUAGACAAGACCCUUGAUAUAUUCCCUCCACCACAACCACGAGAAAAAAAUGCUAUAUUUGAAGAUGAUGAUAAAGCAAAUUUAUUACAAAAGCUGUUGCGAAGUAAAAAUCCACAAGAUUUACAAGCUGCAAAUAGACUGAUUAAAAAUAUGGUAAAACAGGACACAGAACGCAUGGAUAAAAUAUCUCGACGUAUAAAUCAGCUGCAGGAAAUAGACAAUAAUGUAAAACUCCUGAAUGAGAUGUUGGCUCAUUACACUAAACAAAAUAGUUCACAGUCAGACAGGGAUAUGAUGAAAGAGCUAUACGAUACUUUGGAAAAAUUGCGUCCAAAUUUAUUUAGACUGGCAAGUGAUGUUGAUGAAAAAGACAAUACAGGAAUUGCUGAUAUUCUUACCACUAAUGAUGAUGCGAUGAGGGUUUUGGCAAGUUAUAAGAAAAUUGUGGAAGGAAGUACCAGUGAUGAGUCUAAUUUAGCUUUCUUAAGAGCUGGUGCAGGAAACCUUUCCUCCCUUCUUGACUUGAACGAACCUUCCUCACCUGCAAAACCUGACACUAGCACUGCACCAUCUACAGAUAUACUGGACGAAGAAUUGUUAGCUUUAGGUUUGGGUGACAGUAAAACAGAUGACUCUAAUAAAAGUACCACAUUAUUAGGAGAUUUAGAUGAUAUAUUUUCAGCAGUUUCUCAACAAAACACAGUACCAGUUUCACAAACAGGAUUACAGACAACCAAUAUGUUUUCUAUGCCAUCCAUGCAAGGAGGAACAUUCCAAUCUCAACCAUUAAACCAGUUCAACACAGGACAACCUACACAACUAUCAACACAACAGGUUCAGAGGCCACCACAAUACAAUAACCAAGCAUUCUCACAACCUCAACAACCAUCACAAGGCUGGAGCUUUCAAGGUACCCCUUCUGUAGCACCCAGUCAGCAGAAUAAAACAGCUCAACAGUCCACUACAACUACAUCAAUGGGUGAUAUUGAUCUGUUAGGACAAUCAUUGAUGCAACAAAGUUUACCCAAAGAUUACAUCAAACCUAUUAUUCCCCCUCCAGAAAAGAAGACAUUAAAUCAGAUGUCUACCAGGACCACAGAUGGACCAUUGUUAGCCACAGUUAGUCCCUUUACAACAUCUCAGACCACAGUGACACUGUCUUCACCUGUCAUAUCUAGUACCACUGCUACUCCAGUAACUACUCCCAAACAAGGAGAAGUCCAACCAUUAAAUGAUGUAUUUGUAUCUAUAGAAUCUGUACAACCAGGAACAUCACCACCUAUAAAUGCCUAUGAUAAAAAUGGACUGAAAAUAGUAAUUCAUAUAGCUAAAAACCGUCCUAGAGAAGAUGUCCAUGUUAUGGUUGUGUCUGUGAUGAGUACAAAUACCAUUGCUGUGAAAAACUUCUCAUUUCAAGCUGCAGUUCCAAAGGCAAUGAAGGUAAAACUACAGCCUCCAUCAGCCACAGAUUUACCAUUAUAUAAUCCAAUCUUACCUCCAGCAGCAAUCACACAGAUCAUGCUCUUAGCAAAUCCACAAAAUGAAAGGAUCCGAUUAAAGUACAAGAUAACCUACAGUUUGGACAGUGAGAGUCGUUCAGAUGUUGGAGAAGUGGACAAUUUUGUGUUUUCAUAGCUUUAUCAACUUUUUAUUUAUUUGUCAGUAGAACAACUGGGCAUGUGCAAAUGAGAUGAAUGUAGAUAUCAAAGUGUGAAUGGUCAUUAAUUAUAAAUUUGACUUUAAAAGUCUAUAAAUAUUGGUGAUUUCGUCCCUAGUAAAUGUACAUUAUGAUAAGGAAAACAAAUUUCACAAUUUAAUGUGUUCUGCUUCCAUAUAUAUGCGAAACUUCUUUUAUUUUUUCUCACGUUUUCUCUAUUUAUUCUGUCUUUAAUGUUUUCAAGUUUCGUGAAUUAUAUAGUGCAAUACACACUUGAGCUCAGCUAGACCUGUUUGCUUGAUCACCUUUUUUUUUAUAAUAAAUACUACUUAGAUUUUCAAUAUUUGUUUUAGCUAUGCAAAUCUUGUAUAAUAUUUUUCUUGUGGUUAAGGUAGACACAUAUAUAUUUUUUCGUUGUUAAAAAGUGAAAAAAAAAAAGAUUAAAAAAGGGAGCAAUUUCAUCUUUAAUUAGAACAAAGUGGACGCUGGGUAUUUUAGUAUGUAAGUUUUAUGGUGUAUCUUUGUGAUAUUGUUCUGUGAUAUACACUGCCAUAAAUUUACUUCAAUACUUAAGAACUGUUAACCAAUACUCACAGCAUAAACUUGUGCUGUUCAUUUACAUGAAGGGAACAUUAUCCAAAUAAAGUUAGAAAAGGA